AUGGCCGGCGGGGAGAGGAGCCCCGGCGGCGCGGCCGAGUGCCGCGAGCACCUCUUCAAGGUGCUGGUCAUCGGGGAGCUGGGCGUGGGCAAGACGAGCGUCAUCAAGCGCUACGUGCACCAGCUCUUCUCGCAGCACUACCGGGCCACCAUCGGCGUGGACUUCGCCCUCAAAGUCCUGAGCUGGGACCCCCAGACCCUGGUGCGGCUGCAGCUGUGGGACAUUGCCGGCCAGGAACGUUUUGGCAAUAUGACCAGAGUAUACUACAAAGAAGCUGUAGGUGCUCUUGUCGUCUUUGAUGUCACAAGAGGCUCGACAUUUGAUGCAGUUUCCAAGUGGAAACAUGAUUUGGACAGUAAAGUGCUUCUCCCAAAUGGUAGCCCCAUCCCUGCAGUUCUCCUUGCCAACAAAUGUGAUCAGAAGAAAGAUGGUGGGCAGAAUCCUUCCUCAAUGGAUCAGUUCUGCAAAGAGGGAGGCUUUGUUGGAUGGUUUGAAACCUCUGCAAAGGACAAUAUCAACAUUGAUGAAGCCACUCGGUUCUUGGUGGAAAACAUCCUUGCAAAUCUCAAAACUUUCCCUAGUGAAGAGAACGAUGUAGGGAAAAUAAAGCUGGACCUAGAUCCACUGAAAGCAGAAAGUAAAUCGCAGUGCUGUUAAUGUGACUGUAAUGAAUCGCUGGCAUACAAUGAGAGCAGCUCCUCUCAUCUGGCUGCUGCUAUGGUGCUGAAUCACAACAAUCCUAGUGGGUUAUUGGUCACACUCCAGGGUGUUUACACACUUCUUUUUUUUCUUAUUAAGUAGGACUUCAAAUUAUUUGGUUUAUAUUCUAGUGUUGGUUAUGAACCAGAACUGUCUAGCACAAUCAAAAGAUGGCCACAGACAAAAAGAGGGUAAUUAUUCAUCAAGGAAUAGU